ACAAUUUCCAGAUUAUCAAUCCCAAGAUUGCGAUCACGACUUUUAUGACUGACCACCACCUGCCAUUGCAUUCACCCUUUUUUGUCGCACAUUUUUCAUGGUGCAGGUCUAGCACACUUUUACACACAACCACAACCAUAUCCUACCCAUUGUAUUUUGGGCACGACAAGAGCUUUUAUCUUGAUCCGAACCCUGAUAACAAACGAGAGUGAGGGUGUAAAUAGACUUCGACGCACGGGGAGAAGCCACCACCCCCUCCGCAGGACAAAAAGACAAGACAACACCCUGUCGUCAUUCGGCAAACCACCUACCAACUGCGCAAACCCAACAUCAGUCCCUUACAGAAUCGCUUUGCAUGACACCACAAUAACAUAUACCUUCAACACUCGACCAUGUCUAUGCCGUCGAGUCCUGCCGGUGGCGGCACCACCACCACAACACCCCUCCAGCCCAUGUCGCAUAACCAACAACGCGAGCGCGAUCCCGCUCUCUUCUCGCCCACCCAGACUAGAGGUCGCGGCCUGACCCUCGGAGCUUCCACGGACAAUGCGCGCGACAGCUCGGUUCACGAAAAGAUUAACCAGUUCAACUCGCUCGCCGUGCAAUCAAAACAACUCGAGCGCAAGACCGCCGAUGCCGCCCUCAAGCGCGCCAUGCUUGGCCGGGAGGAGGCCGAGAGCGAAAUGCGCCGCUACCGUGACGAGUGUAGAAUGCUCAGGAGGGCGGUAGAGGAAGGGAGAGAACGGGAACGAAAAGUGGGCGAGAGACUGGAGACAGUAAUGGAGAGCUAUGGACGCGCAAAGGAGACACACGAACACACCAAAGAACUCUGGGAGAAGGAGAUCCGUCGCGCCCGAAAGGAGACCUUCAAGACCCAGAGUGCCUUUGUCAAGCUUCAGGAAGAGCUCAAGAAUUCUCGGAACGCCCACAGGUCGACCGAAGAGGAGCUUCAUCGCGAAAAGCAGCUAUGCUCUGAACGGGCACAGGACGCUUUUACCGCCAAAUACCAGCUUGUAGCUCUUCAGAACCAACUUGAGCAGGCUCUCGAAAAGAUCAAGACACUUGAGCAGGAACGUGACUCGCUCAAAACGAUGGUCGAACAAGAGAAGCAGCUCCGGCUAGUGGCCGAGGAGGGCAAACGCCCCGCAUCCGACGACGAGAGAAUUACGCCACGCAAGCGACCACGGACAUCCUCCAUCAGCUCAUCAUCGUCCGAUGUACCCGACUUUGAGGAGAUCACCCGGAAAUGGGAGUGGGAGAAGCAGCGCGCCGACAGGGCAGUGCAGCAAGUGCAGUUCCUCGAGACCGAGUGCCGGUUGAGAGUCUGCGCCGCGGCCAAAGCCUUUCGUCGAAGCAGUUCAAGCCGGGGGAGCACAAGCACUAGUCGUCGAUCCAGCCCCCGACGCAAACGACCCAGUCUCUUGAGAAUCGCAGAUGCCGCCGACGCUGUCAUCAUUGGAGGCAACGCCGAGCCGUCUCCUGAUCUCGCCUCACCAAAGCGUUCCAAGACCGACAUGCUCAGGGAGGAGCUGGGCUCUCGGAAUGACAGGUUCUUUACACCGGUUGAGCAACCUGUACGUUAUUCUCGCACGCCGAGCGUUGACCCGCCAGAUUUCGCGAUGCUUGAUAAGGACAGGACAUCGCUACUGUCGUUGCUCGACGCCCCCCAUAGAGAGGAGAGCCCAGCGUUGACGUUUAGCAUUCCCACCGUUCCAGCACCCGCCCCAGCCGCAACAGUAAAGCAGGUUGUUCGGCAAGAAGAACCGGAAUCGGAUGUCGAGGUUCAUAGAUCGGUCCCGCAUCCUGUGCCAGAGCCUGUUGUUCCCGUCCAUCAAGAACCGUCCCCCCGUUCUGCCGCGCCUUCGACCGACCCUUUGCCAUCUGUCAAGACCCUCAGCAACGAGCUACCAGCCCCUGCUCCGCGUCCUCACACCUCGAAUUCGUUUCAUCGGUUCCGGGAAGCCGCCGCCAAAGCCGCGCUUACUGUUGUGACAACCACGACAAAGGUGCCACUCAAAGACGAGAACAAGGACCCGAACCUCGCUUCCAAGAUCAUGAAGAUGCAAAAAGAACAACAAUACCAAACUCCCAACCGAGGGAAUAUCUCAGCCGGGAGUGAAAACGAGUGGGACAAGCCAAGCUUUGACGUGACGAACCCGGCGUUGACGCCCACCAUGACGAGGGAGGAGGCUCUAGAGCAGAUAAGAGAUCGGAGAGUCCGGGCUAGGAGUGCCGGGCGUUCUGGUGGUGCUGCUGGAUCUCAGGGAACCCUGUCGAGGAAGGUGUCGACUGAGACGAUGAAGAGUGGCAGCGGGCCAAGGGGGAGGGAGCAGGAGAGGAGGGAUGUUAGUGUGCAGAGCGCGCCAACUGUCAUGACGGGGAAUAGGGAGCCCAGCAGGGGGGCGGUUGUGGGGGGGAGAAGGGUGAGGGGUUGAAGUACGACGAUAAAUGAUUGGAAAGUGGCAAGGGAGAGGAGGAGGAGGAGUCAGGAUAUGACAUGAUAUCCCUUACUGUUUGACUUUUUUUUUGUCGGCUUCGGAUUUGUAUACACCCCUCUCAGCACACACACACACACACACACACACACAUACACACAACACCCGGUUUGCGGUUUUUUUUCGGUUCAGUUUUCAGCAGCAUCAUCAUCACAUGGAAAAAGGAAAGGGGUAACACAGGACAUUUUUGCAUUUCCUCAGGAGUUGCGAGGUUGUCUCUUUUUUUGACUUCUCCGGGUCUGGAUGCCAAUGGAUGGAAACUGCAAAAUCAUCAUUACAACUCUGAAACUGGACAAAAACUGGGGAAGCUUUUCUUACUUGGCGCUCUGGUGUUUCUUUUUAACUGGACGGACGGACGGCUGGCACAAACUUCUAUAAUACCCCUAACCAUUUUGUGUUUUUUCUUUUUUUUCUGUUUGGCUCUUGAAAUCAUUUUCAAGGAACGCAUGGGGUUGGGUGGGAAAGUCUGGCCAAGCGUUUUGCGUUCAGGGGUUGCUGGUUGGGUACUGUCGACGA